UACCCCCCCCCCCAGUACUAUAUAUUUGUUUUGUUGCAGAAGGAACGUCUUACAUAAGUCUUUGGGUAUUGACGAAAUGGGAAACGUACAAUGGCCUAUCUACCUUUGCCUGGUUGCAGUUUGGAUAUUGUGUUAUUUCUGCAUUUGGAAAGGGGUACGAUGGACUGCAAAGAUCGUAUAUUUCACUGCAACGGCCCCAAUUAUAAUGAUAAUUAUAAUGAUAGUACGUGGAGCGACAUUGGACGGCGCAGCUAAUGGGAUAACGUAUUACCUUCGUCCUGAAAUUCAUAAAUUGGCCAAUGUUAAGGUAUGGAUGGCUGCAGCAUCCCAGGUUAUCUUCUCCUACGGCAUUUGCUUUGGUGCAAUCGUAAAUCUUGGAAGUUAUAACAAGAUUAAACAUAACUUGUUACGGGAUUCUCUUUUCAUGUUGGUCGUAAACAGUGGGGCAAGUUUUAUGAGCGGUUUUGCUGUGUUUUCAGUACUUGGCUUUAUGGCUAAAACUCAGAACACCACUGUCGAAGCAGUUGCCGAAUCUGGGCCAGGUCUUGUGUUCUUGGUUUAUCCACAUGCGUUGUCACUAUUGCCACUCCCACAGCUUUGGUGUGCCUUAUUUUUCCUCACCCUAAUUUUGCUGGGUUUUGAUAGCCAGUUUGUGUUUAUGGAAAGCUGGACGUCCAGUGUACUGGACUACUUUCCGCACAUUCAAUCGUUUAGAUUUGGAAAGGAAUUGUUCAUUGCCACUGUAUCAUUUAUUUUCUGUGUUGUUGGAAUCACAAUGACUACUGAAGGUGGAAUUUACGUGUUUAAUUUGAUGGACACUUUUGCUGCUGCCGGGUGGUCGACAACGACGUUAUGUGUCUUUGAAGCCCUGGCUGGAGGUUGGAUUGGCGGAGAUGCUUACUUGGCUUGUUUGAGAAAGAUACUUAACCGAGGACCGAGGGCUCUGCUUUAUUUUAAGUAUUUAUGGAGAUUCAUCACCCCGGCUUCUCUUACAAUUAUAGUGAUUUGUAACGUGUACUUCUACGCACCUGCAACGUACAACAAAGUGUAUGUGUACCCAACGUGGGCACAAGGUCUAGGAUUACUCAUAGCGUGCUCGUCCAUUAUCUGGAUACCUGUAAUUGCAAUAUAUCAUCUUAUCACGGGUACUGGAACUUUUCAAUCGAGAUUGAAAAAAGCUUGUCAGCUACCGGGAUACGUUAAUGAAAAUUUGAAUGUUAAUUUGAAAAGCGAAAGUGAAAUCUCUAAGUCAGGUGUAAAUGUUGCAUCGAAUGAGUUAAAGGAACUUAUUUAGUAUCAACCAUGUAACUUAAAUUGCAUUUUUAUACAAACUAUUAGCACGUUAGUCAUAAAACUUUUCGACUCUUUUUGUUAUACAUUACAAAAUUUCAUGUUGAAAUUGUAAUUAUAUAUAUAUAUAGUAAGUUGGGGUAAAAUGGUACAUAUUUUUAUUCUGUUUUUCGUUCUUUUGAUAGUAAACAAAGAAUAUUAACAGAAAUAUAACAGUAUUCCGACGACUUUUUAUAAGCUUUUUGAUUAAUAUAACAAUCAAAAAGUUAGUGUGUGCUAUUAUUUGCUAACGGUAUCCAUUUUUUCUUAUAGUAAUAUAUACUGUAGAAAAAUGUUAUCCACAUAUUAAAUGUUCAUAUUAUCCUUUGAAACAUAACAUUAUUAGGAAACGGCUUUAUAUUAUUUAAAUAUUCUUUAUUUGCCAACCGAUGGAAUGAGAAAAAGAAUAAAAAGGUGUCCCGUUUUCCCCCACACUACUAUACUUUAAAUCGUAUGAGUUUCUGUAUUCAGAAACGAUUUAAUUUUAAUUUUAAGCAUUCUUAAAAUGAAUUACGUACCUCAUUAUUGCAUCGCGCACAAGUUUGCGUAUGUUAUAUAUUAUUACUGCAACGUUUAAUUAUUAAAUAUACUCAUACAAUGCUGAAUGAAUGAAUAAAAUUUAUUCCGUC